CGGUACUAUUCAUCGGUCUGUAGGGUUCCCCCAGUGACGCCCAUACGACCUGAAAAUCAACUAUUAGCUACGUUAUUAACUAGUCACAGGGUGUGUGUUUAGAGGAGCUAUCACAUGGAGCCAUCGGGACAGGAUGCCAACGACCACGGCCAAAACUCAGUUGGCGACGGUGAGCACCCAUGGGAGGUAACAGACAUGACCAGGCUCCGCCGCUUCAUCUGCUACGGCUCGGAAAUGGCCAUCUAUGACACCAAGGAGCACCGGCUGGGCAUGGAGAGUGCCCCGGCUCUGCUCUCCCUGCUACAGGAGGGCAGGGGUUGCGAGGUGGUGGAGGAGGUCAAAAGGCUGGCUCUGGAGGGCAGGCCAGUCAGGGCCAACCCUUCCCUGUUCGCCUUAGCUGUGUGCUCACAACAUUUGGACCUGAAUACUAGACAGGGGGCGUUCCGAGCCCUGAGUGACGUGUGCCGGGCCCCCGAGCACCUCUUCACCUUCAUCCAAUACAAGAAGGAGGUGAAAGAGAGGAUGCGGUGCGGGAUAUGGGGACGGGCCCUGAGGAAAGCGGUGUCGGAUUGGUACAACAAACAGGACGCCAUGGGUCUGGCUCUGGCGGUGACCAAGUAUAAAACGAGAGAGGGCUGGUCUCAUCAGGAUCUACUCAGACUCUCCCACGCCAAGCCUGCUAACGAAGCGAUCGCGUUGAUCAGUAAAUACGUUAUGAAAGGAUGGAAGGAGGUCCAGGGGGCGUACGCCGACAAGGAGAUCUCGGAGGAGGUGAUCAAAGUCCUCUCAUACCUGGAAGCGGUUGAGAAGGUCAAACACAGUGCAGACGAGAUGGAGGUCAGCCAUCUAAUAGAGGAGCAUGGUCUGGAGCGGGAACACCUUCUGACAGACCACCUGAAGUCCAAAGUGGUAUGGAAGGCAUUGUUAAAGGAGAUGCCCAUGGAGUCAAUGCUAAGGACCCUGGGUAAGAUGACCGCAGACCAAGUCCUGGAACCAGGAAGCUCAGACGUGGCAGAGGUGUGCGAGAGGAUCCAGAGUGAGGCGGCUUUAAAGAAGGCAAAACUCCACCCUUUCAGCGUCGUGACAGCCUCGGAAAACUACAAAAGGGGCCAAGGCAACCGGGGGAAAGUGAAAUGGGAACCAAACGUUGACAUCAUAAAAGCGCUGGACUCUGCUUUCUACAAAUGUUUCACAAACGUGGAGCCUGCGGGGAAGCGCUUUGUGGUGGCGGUGGACAUUAGCACAUCACUGAGCAGCAUCAUUAAGGGGACCUCCGUCAGCACAGCUGUAGCGGCUGCAGCCAUGACCAUGGUUUUUGCGCGGACGGAGGCAGAGACACAGGUUAUGGCCUACUCUGAAGGAGCUAUAGUUCCUUGCACCAUCACUGAGGGCAUGUCUCUUCGACAAGUAGCAACCGAGCUGGUCAAGAUCCCCAGUGGUUAUACAGACUGUGCUCUCCCCAUCCUGUGGGCCUCGGAGAAGAGGAUCCCUGUGGACAUGUUCAUCAUAUUCACCAACAGUGCCUGCUGGCACGGCGAGGCCAAUCCAGCAGAGUGUCUGAGGAUGUACAGACAUAAAAUGGGUAUCUUCUCCAAACUUAUGGUGUGUGGGUUGACCUCCAACGGCCUAUCCAUCGCUGACCCCGCCGAGGACAGGGGCAUGCUGGACCUCUGCGGCUUUGACCUGGGAGCCAUAGAGGUCAUCCGUAACCUAGCCCUGGACCUGAUCUGAGAACAGAUUCUGGACAGUGCAAAGACGAGAAAGAAAAAUAUGGAGAGAAUUGGUGGAAAUACCUUGAAAUGGAUGUGGCUUGAAACGACGCAGAGAGCGGAUUUUUAUUUUGUUUUUUAAAGUUGAUAUUUACAAUAACGAUUUCUUCAAUUUAUCAUAAAUAUCAUGACCACAAAAAAAUGAUACGGUCUCCCUAUUGGGCAUGUUGAGAGGUUAGCAUGUCUUGGGGGUCUGAUGCAUAAUGUGCUUUCAUUUCUAACCAGUAAAACAGAGGAAAAUACCCUCAAAUAAAAAGUGACAUCUGUACUUUUUAGGCUCCCGAGUGGCACAGCCUCUCCGUGCUAGAGGUGUCACUACAGACCCUGGUUAGAUUCCAGGCUGUAUCACAACCGGCUGUGAUUGGGAGCCCCAUAGGGCGGUGCACAAUUGUCCCAGCGUCGUCUGGGUUAGAGUUUGGCCGGUGUAGGCCCUCGUUGCAAAUAAGAAUUUGUUCUUAACUGACUUACCUAGUUAAAUAAAUCAAAUAAAUACUCCCACCUCAUAUCUAACAUUUGAGCUCAAAUCCAAAAUACUGGAGUAUAGAGCCAAAAUUAAAAGUUUUAGCUUCACCGUCCAGAUAAAUAGGGGGGGUUUAUGUAAGAAGGAAUCCCUGUACACAUCUACCACUGGAGGAUGGCUCAAAGUAAUGUCUGGAAUCCCUGUACACAUCUACCACUGGAGGAUGGCUCAAAGUAAUGUCUGGAAUCCCUGUACACAUCUACCACUGGAGGAUGGCUCAAAGUAAUGUCUGGAACACCGUUUGAUAUCAUUUCACUGUUUACACUCCAGUUAUUACUACACGCCUGUCCACCCCAAUUAAGGUGCCACCAAUCUCCUUUGCUAUGUUAUAGCACGUUUGAUGUGAACAUGGAGCCCUUUUUAUAACCUGUUCAUUUUUCAUCAUUUAGCAAUCUCACUUAUGCUGUGUGACUUACAGGAGCAAAUCAACAGAUAUUUCACUUAGUCUGUUCAGGGAUUCAAACCAGUGACUUUUUGGUUACUAGCCCAAUUGUGCUUAACCGCUAGGCAACCUGCCUCCCCUUGUCCCUUUUGUCUUCUUCAAUUGGUCUAAUCACUAUAUAGAAGACUAACCAACUUAUUUUGUUUGAUUGCAGUAUAUAUAUUUUUUUUUUUAUUAGGUCAAACUCAUAAUAGAAUAGACUUGGUGCUCUUAAACAUGUAACAUGCAAAUCCAUUUAGUUUAUUUUGCUUUGUCACAAGUCAAAACAAGGAAGUAUUUGACGCCAAGAGAUAAGGGAGUGACUGUCGUCAUUGUCACUGGCAGUUUUUGGCAAACCUGCAAAAUUGGUUUAUUCCCUGGGUCAUGUUCAUUAGGGCAGACGUUCGAAAAGGUUUUAAAAUCUUGCACAAUGGAAAAUUUCAAAUUAACGUUUCUUAUUGGACAAGUGCAGGAAGUCCCUCCCUGUUUCAAUUGCUUUUCUAUUUGGUGCCUAAUGAUCAUGACCCUGGAAUCUAUUGAUUUUAUGCAUUACCAAUGGCUUUUUCUAUUGCUGUAUCAUGUUGUUGAAGGUCAAAACAAGGCCAUUUAAUAGUCUGAAGACUGAAGCUGCUAGAUGCACAUUUAAAGUAUUCCAGUGUUGAAGGUUUAUGAUAAACAAGCACUAAUGAUAGAAUGCCAAUUAUACAAAUACUAACUAAUGUUCCAUAGAAACUCCCUAGCUACUUUUCCUUUGUAAUAGAUCCCACUGAAUGUACCUUUUUGUCAUACUUGUGUAACACUGUAGAUAUUUAAAAUGCUUUAUUCUUCAAAUAUUGAAUAAAUAAAAUGGGAUUAUACUGAAGAUGCUUUACCUUUUAGCAGUCAAUUCAAUGGGAGAAUGAUGGCUGACGCUGACAUAGCGGAAGUGGAAAGUAUUAACUGUGGUUUAUUGAAUUGUUAUUUUCUGUCUUCUGUCAUUUCAGAUCAACCCUAAUUUAGACAAAAAAACAAAUUCAGACCCGGUAACUGAUUUCUAAAAACCUUUUUACUUUGUGUUGAUUUCAUCUAAUCCAAUAUAAAAGUAUGGCACAAAAUAUGUCAGUCUAUGAGAAGGCCCCACCAGUUCUCGAGUUGGUCCCAAACCCAUGAGUUGAGAUAGAAGCCCAUCUUUGAGGACAUCGGUUCGAACAUAGUUAACAAAACAUGCUACAUUUGAAAAUGCUCUAGACUCUAAUAAUGCAUUCAUUCUGAGAUAAUAAUACUUUGGAGUCAGUUGCAAUAGUAGAGAAUACAGUGGGGCACAUUGACAGGUGAAUAUAGAAUGGCCACAGUCCAUAUUGAUAGAGAAAGUUGAACCAAAUAAAUUAUGAAUGUAGGCCUUACUGUCCCAUGACUAAUCCAUUUUAUCUUUCAACUGAAAGGUGAUUUCAGUUCAUGUUGCAUGCCAUUUACAUUAGCCAUAGUGUCAAUACAAACCUUAAUAAAGUGUUUCAUGGA